GUUUAAAAUAUCUGGCCUAAUUUAUGUCUAUGAUCCAUAAAAAAAAAAUAAAAAGUUAACUGAGCACAUACAUGACAAUUAAAUGUUAGUUGUGUUAUUGUGCAGCUGCAAAUACGCUAUUUAAAUCAGUGAACACACUAUAAAAUAUAGUAUUCAUACUGUAAAAAACAAAUACAUAUAUAAAACAGUAAUACAUUUUCAUUUAUGAAACUUCAUGAAGUUUGGAAUGUUUAUAUGCACACAACCUUCAACUUUCGGAAAAAAACAAAUCAACCUGAAUCAACAGAUGCAAACAGCAGAUGCAAACUGACUGUAUUGGUUGAAGACUAAUCAUCUCUCACAAGAAAGUAUGCUCUCAGACAGUUCAAAGAAAACCUUUGUUUUUCUGCCCUGGAGCAUAUUGGAUCAGAGAGAAGAGAAAAACUCAAGGCAGAUGGGAAAGUAUUAUGAAAUACACCUGAAAUGUUGCCAGACUUCUGAAGGCAUUUUAAAUUAGCUUGUGGUUUUCUCUUGCUGAGUAACUGCUUGUGUCAUGGUAUCUUUGCUGUUGGAUAGUCAAAUUGCGAUUGACCGCCCUUAUAUUCUCACUUUCCUCUGACAGUUACAAACAACAGAGAUAAAAGAUGGAUCCAGUGCUGUUUUCUCUGCCUGAGAUCAUCCUAAAUGACAGAAAAGAGCCUGAUUGCACUCAGUCAGGAUUUUCUGAUUUCUCCCCACAUUAUCACCAACUGUCCCCUGCUGAUACAUCUGCCUCACAAGAAAAACUACACAUCCCCGAAUUGUCAGAACCGUCCCUUCAGAUGAGCCAUGAAAUCAUCAGCCGAGUUGGACAGUCUCGUCCGUCACGACCUCGUCAUGUGAUGAAUGAAUCAGCGUCACUGAGAACUUCCACAGUUGCAAAAAUGCUCCGGACCAUAGCUAAUUCUGAUCAAAGAACAGACACACAGUCUUGGACACAGAGGGACUCAAACCAGCAAUCUGUGCAACAUCUGAUCCAGAUGCAAGCCCAGGACAGUCCCUCUCCACUGAAACUCCAGACUUUAUUACCAGGUGCCAGGUCCCAGCCUGUAUUGACACCACUUUUACCAGAGCUCAUAUUUACUUCCAGUUCUCCUCAAGACUGGCUGAAUAUAAGCCCCAUCGAGUUCUGGUACAGCCCAUAUUCACCUCCUCGUUCUUGGCUCCUCCUGCCGUUGGUUCGUCCCAGCUGGUGCUUGUGUCCGCAGACAGUGCCCGUCCAUCAGCCCUGCAGUCCAGACCUGGUCUCGAGAAAAGCAGCUCAGCAGGUCAGCCAGCAGUUAAAUGUAACGUCUGCUGCGUCAGGGAAAGCAGAGAAUGAAGAGCAGGCCAAGUCAGAAGAAGAAAAGCUGAAAAUUUGUACACCUGACAAGGACAAACCACAAGCAAACAACAUAGACGAUAAAACAACAAAGUCCAAGGUUUCUCCUGGAUGUCUACCCUCUUUGGACGAAGAAUCGCUGGCAGAACACGCCUUUGAAGAAUACAUGACAAUCAUGGACUCCUUCAGUCCCAAGAUCCAAGCGGGCAUGGAGGCCAAAGAGAAUGAAAAUGAAGUAGAAAACAGCUUAAUUCUGGAGUUUCUGGAUGAACUGUGCAGCAAUGAGGACUUGGUCACAAGGGUGGAGUCAGCACUGAAUAUAGAGUUCCUGGAUUCCCUCCUUUCUUCAGACGCAGAGCCGAUUGACCUUCUUGCAUUUGACAAACAAGAGCAAGAGGAGACGCUGCAGGAGCAUCAACCAUCUGCCGAUGCCACUAUCGAUCCUGCUACUGACGGCACAUCUCUGGUGGGGCCGACACUGAGUACAGAGUACCUGGAUUCCCCCCUUUCUUCAGAUCCAGAGCCCAUUUACCUUCUUCCACUAAGGAAACUUCAGCAAGAGGCUUUGGAGGUGAUCCUGCAGCAGCAGUUACAUCCCCCUUCUGCCAACUCCAACAGCAUAGCUCCUGUAACCGAAGAAACAUCUCCGGCGACUUCGCAUGCCGAGGAAACUGCACCACUCCAGAGAGCUCAGUCACCCAUUUUGGAUCCUCCAGGCUCAAAGUCUGACACAAAUCCAAACCAUGAUGGACAAAAUGCACCUCUGAGUAUGAGGAAUAUAGGAUCAAAGGAAGGUUGGACUCCUCUCCUCCCUUCACUCCGUAUAGAAGAACCACUGCCAACUGCUCCCACACCGAAUAACUAUAACCCUGUUAAUGCCAUGUCUCCUCUUGGUUACGAUGGUUCUCUUUUCAUGGACUAUAGUUUUAACUCAUCUCUGCAGUUGCUUGCCAAUAUCUCCCAAGACACCAGUCUUACAUCUGAUUUAGAGGCAAGAGACAAUGAUUCAUUGGUAGAGGAACCUGCAGCCAUAUUUCCCACAGGGCAAGUGUCAGAAGCAACCUCAAUGUCCUUCUCAAACCUUGCAGACACACAGUCAGCUCAGACGUCCCAAAUGCUUCAGGAAGGACCUCUACCUGGGGAUCCUCCUGCCUCCGAACCCCCCACAGCCUCCAGUGUUUCAGGGUCCAAUGAAGACCCUCAUACCAUUGCUGUAAAGAAACCUGCGCCCAGUUUCAGAGCUGAUUUGUUGACUGUCAGCCCACCACAGUCAGCUGGCCCUCCAGCUCUGAGAGUCCUGGCUCGGAAAACACUUCCUCGCCCACUGCCUCCACCACCAGCUCAGAUAAGGGAGCCUGAGGAACAAUGUAGCCCCAAAAACAAAAACCCAAACUCCUCUUGUCUUGAGCACUACGCAGUUCCUGUGCCAGCUAAUUUGUCUUUUGUGGCAGAUUCCCAUGCAGAGUCUUGUGAUGCCCCAGGUGAUGGCAAUUUAUCAGACUCGGUGCCUGAAAAACAGCCAAAAGGAUUAGUCGUUUCUCAAGAGUUAGCAUCCUCCGACGUUUCCUCUGAAGUCAGGACAGGAGAGUGGGGUGAAACGGAGAGAAAAUGUGAGAAAGGUCUGGGAAAAGGUGUUGGAACAACAGUGACACAAAAGCAAACAGCUAUAAAAGCAAGAGAAGAAGGGAGGACUAAAAAGACUUUUGAAAGGAAGGAGGAGCAUAAAGAGAAUGAGACCAAAGUCAAGGGAAUGACAAACACCAGACGCAGUCAGAGGCUGUCAGGUCAAACUGAAAAAGAGAAAGCAAGACUGAGUGGUGAAUUCAUAAUGAAGAGAGCAGAGGACAGAAGACCAAGUGAAAAGAGCAUUAAGAAAACAGCAAAAAUCACCCCAGAGAGGGACGGGGUCAUUUAUAAAAAACAGAAGAGACGGUCCUCAGGAGGAAGGCAAUUAUCUAAAAGAGAGGGCAGGCAUUUUGAAGAGCAGAGCCGAGCAACAAAAACAGAAAAUACAGCCGAACAAUUUCCAGAAACGGGAGAGAAGGAACAACAUCAAAAGCCCGCAGGGGAGAUGCAGAAACUCAAGGUGGAGGGACGGGGACAGUGUGAGGCCAAUAACCCCAAUGUGAGGACUGAAAGUGGGGCGGAAAAUGCACUUUCAACCAAAAUGGCACAAGAGGAGAAAGAGUUGGGUGAAGGGAGAGUAAAAAGAAAAGAAGAAGGGAUUCAAAUGUCCAGUUUUGUAAGGAGAAGAACUAGGAGCACAACGACUGAGGAAAAAGUGCAGCCGACUCCUCUUCCUGCUGCUGGAGCUAGAGGGAAAAUCAAACAUUCAGAGAUGGAGAGAAGCGAGAUAAAGUCCUCACCUAAGAGAGAACUGCAGGACGAUGACAAACCCGAAGUAAACGUGAAGGAGGAUGCAACUGAAGGCCAGACUCUGCCGUUUUCAAGUCCAGUGAAAAGAAGCAGAAGCAGGAGAGAUGGAGAGGAGAGUAGGGAGAGGGCUAACGAUGCUAAUUCAACAGGACGCAAAACCAACGAGGACAAAGUUUCUGGAAACUGCAGUCCACCCGAAUCUUCUCUGCAGAGCCCAGGAGUUCAGACAGAUAUUCAUUCAGCAAAAGCCUCAAAAAAGCAGUCAUCAGUGGAAGGGCCACUGGACGAGAGAAAUGAGUCACCUUCUGCGAAAACCUGUGAGAAAAAUCUAAAUCUAACCCCCGCUCUGUGUUCAGAGACCCUGCAACAAAGCAAAACAGUCGCAUUAAGUGGAGGUGGAGCUGACAGACAGGCAGAAAGAGGAGAGCCAGGUCAACAUGGUGACGUCACGGGAACCAAAACUUGGGACUUUUACAGCUUAAGGUCCCAAAGUCAUAAGCCAAAUGUGUCAAUAAGGGGAGUAAAUAGGACAAGGAUUCAAGAGGAGGCAACACAUCACCCAUCUAACCCCAAACCAAGUCCAGACCAGACACCAGACGUGAAAGGUGAAGAUGGAAGAAUAAAUGAAGAGGCAGAACGCCCAAGCCUCUUGUUGAGUCCGAUGAAAAGAUACCGGCAUGAACGUGGGGUUUCUGAAGAGAGGGAGAAAAGGGUAAACGAGACAAUGCAAUCAACGGACAAAGUGAGGACUGAAACACAGAUGAUCAGCUCAAGUCCGGUGAAAAGAGGAAGGUGGAAGAGCAGAGUGGAGGUAAACUCAGAGAGAGACGAAGAGCAGAAGUUGACACCGAAUGAGAAAGGCAAAGAUAAGGCACAGGACGAGGCGGAAACAUCUGGCUGUAAACCAAGCCCACCCUCAACAAGAAGUAAUACAAGGGCUAAGGAUGAAAAGAUUUCAGAUUUAUCAGCUGGACAAGGAACUUUUAAAGGUGGCAGAAGCAGUGCGAUAGAAACCAGAAAGAGUCGUCGGCGAUCUGAAAAGUUACCCUCAAAGUAUAAAGACUUUAUCUUGUGCAAAACAAACAGACCCAAACGACAGUUAAGGAGAAAGGAAAGGCAGGAAAGGAAAGAGAAGAUGGAUAAUUAAUGUGCAUUUUGCGCUUUAAUUAAAUGUCUACCACGAAAAAAGGUGCAAGAAAGAAAUUCGAAGUAUUUAGAUAAGUCCAGAAAUGUGAGUGGGGGGGGGAAACACACUGCAAAACCUCCUUAAAAGAAUUCACAGUUUAAUUGUUAAAUAGAAACAAUAUUCACACAAAAAUGUAAGAAUAAUUAUUUUACAUAAAAUAAACCUUUUGCUUUACAGAGUGUUUAGCUUCUUUUUGCACAUACCAUUAUCCCGUUUAAAAAAAACAAACAUUCAAUAUACAUAUGAGGGAAUUAUAAAUAAGACAUUUUAUGGCUUCAAAUGACAUAAGUAACAGAGUCCUUUAACAGCAACUGGAACAACAUGUGAACAAGAUUUCUUGAGGAUUUCUUGAGGACUUCCAGUCCUCAAAUAUACAAGGAAAUGGUCUCACACACACACACACACA